CAUGUCGCCGUAGCUUGGGCAAUUCAUUGUGCCUUGAGAAUGAGUGAAACACGUUCAACCUCCGACAAGUUCUACAAUGAGUCAAUAUCAGUACUAUGGCAUGACGGAGUCGAGUUUUUCACGAAACGCUGGGUUCCAAAAGACUCUUCGCCACCUCGAGCCCUAGUAAUCUUCCUCCACGGCUUUGCAGAGCACAUUGAGCGGUACGACCAUGUGUGGCCUCGUUUUGCAGCCGAAGGGUUUGAAGUAUUUGGGUACGACCAGCGGGGAUUUGGAAAAACAGGGCCAAGGUACGGCGAUACUACGUUGGAAAAGCAAGUUGCCGAUCUAGAAUAUGCUAUUCAAGCAGAAAGGAAGCGGCUGGAUGGAGGAUUUGAUAAGGAAACUGUGCCCAUCUACUUGUAUGGGCAUAGCAUGGGAGGUGGCAUCAUACUGUCACUCAUGACACGCCCUCGCGGUAAAAGGGAGAACUCUCCAGACGUCCGUAACAUGAUAUCCGGUGUAAUAUGUGGCGCGCCUUGGAUUUUGCGAAUGAAUCCACCACCCAAAGUUCUCCUUUGGCUUAUUCCAUACAUAGCCUGGAUAUACCCUAAUCUGCCCUUGACGAAAGCUUUGAAUUCCCAUCACCUGACUAGCGAUCCGGAAGUGGCGGAGAAAAUUCAAUCAGACCCGUUCUUUCGCGGCGAUAUCUUCAUCAAGACAGUGAGCGGCAUGCUCUUCGAAGGGUAUAGGAUUCUCUCAGAAGGGUACGGGAACUGGCCAGGGAACUUGCCAAUAUUGAUUACGCAUGGAGAAAAGGACCCAUCAACCAGCCCAGAAGCUUCACGCAAGUUUAUUGAGAAACUUGACGUGAGAGACAAAGAAUUCAAAUCAUGGCCGGACAUGCUUCAUGAGGGCCACAACGAGAGACUGGAGUUGAGAGAUCCGUUCCUGGAAUACUCCAUUAGGUGA